CUGGCGCUUCAGACCACCCUGCAGAUCAUGUUGAACCUCAACCGUGCCCAUGGCGACGGGGGUCUCUUCGGUGUACGGGGUUUUCUCUUUCUGGGGAUUGUCAGUGAGGACUGCAAAAAUGGAGAUGUAGAGUGGAGGAGGGGGUAAGAGCCAUACUUCGUUGAGCAUUGUGAUGGAGCUGAUGGACCUGGUGAUGGGGAUGGGUCCCUGGAAUGGGGGCAUACCCUACCCUAUUUAGGUUGCUUCAAGUUGCCCCUGCCACAGCCUCAGAUUAGCCCGAAUCAGGAUGCAGAUAAGGGCGAGUCAGGCUAUCAGAUGGAACUAACCAUCACUAACAGAAUAGCCAGAUAACAGGCGCGAUAUCUAGCCAUCGGUCUGCACGGCUUCUUGCCGAUAAGCCCGACCCUCGCCGAGAUAGUGAAAUACCCGGUUCCCCCCGUGCCUAUCCGUGCCCAGAACAUUCGCAACCCGCCAUGGCGCAAAGUCGGUUCCAAACACGAGCCCUGAAGCCCGGCGUGUACGCCCCGUUGCCCACCUUCUUCGACGAGGUCCAGGAACUCGACUAUGGCAGCUACAAGAGGCACCUGCUGAAUCUCGCAACCAAGGGAAUGGUCCCGGUAUGCGCUGGUUCGCUCGGAGAGGCGGUUCAUCUGAGCUUCGAUGAGAGAACGGCCUUGAUUCGAUUCAUCCGUGCCACGCUGGACGAGGCCGGGUUGGAAGACACGCCCAUCGUCGCGGGGGUGGGGGGUCUCAGCACCCGCGAGACCAUCAGCCUGGCCCGUGCGGCCGCGGAGGCAGGGGCGGACGCCGGCAUGGUCAUCCUUCCUGCAUACUACGCAGCCAGUCUCAACACCGACACCGAGCAGGUCAUCCAGUACUACGUGGAUAUCUGCGAAGGGUCCCCGAUCCCACUGCUGCUAUACAACUUCCCCGCCAAUGCAGGCGGACAGGACAUGUCGUCGGCGGUCAUCCAGGCCGUCAUGGAGCGGGCGCCCAACCUGUGCGGAGUGAAGCUCACCUGCGGUGGAAGUAUAGCCAAGCUGGUGCGUCUCACUGCCGCCAUCGAUGAAAGUCCCAGCAUCAACGAGAACCGUCCGUUCCCGUUCCUUCUCCUGGACGGGCUGAUUGCCGAUCUUACCCCGUGGAUGCAAUGUGGCGGCCACGGGACCGUCAGUGGGAUUCCUAACUUCGCCCCCGUGGCCUCGAUGAGGCUGUGGGAGUUGUUGAACACCCCCUCUCCGAGCCCGGAAGAACUAUCUGAGACGAGAAAGCUGCAGGCUGUCCUUUCUCGCGCCGACGUGGCGGCCGUUCCUGGGGGGAUUCGCGCUAUGAAAUACGCACUCAAUAAGAUGCAUGGCUACGGGUCGGCGCCGCGUCGACCAUUGCUUCCUCUGAAGGACGCCGAGGGAGAGGAGUUCAUGCUUGCGUUGCGAGAUUUGCUCGCGUUGGAGGCGGAGAUGACGAGAGUAUAGUAUAGAGAUGACGACAAUGAAUUGCCGCGGCACCUUUUUCUCUAUUGUAUGUCUUGGCAUGGAUUAUGAUCGUUCGAUGAUACAGUUAAUCCUCGAGGCAGCAUCACAGCGUCAUC